AUGCCGAAUAGUGUACCAUUCAAGCAAGUCGAUGUUUUCACGUCAGUGCCUUUCCAAGGUAAUCCUGUGGCAGUGGUGAACUGUUGGAAUUUGGACGAGAAGGAGGUCCACACUUCCUUAAUGCAAAAGAUCGCCAAUUGGACAAACCUGUCAGAGACGACAUUCCUUUUCAAACCCACAAUACCAAACUGUGACUACAAGGUAAGAAUCUUUUGUCCACAAAGCGAGCUCCCAUUUGCUGGUCAUCCCACAAUCGGGACCUGUAAGGCGUAUCUGGAAUUUUCGGGCAGAAAAGACGUUACCGAAAUAACCCAAGAAUGCGGUCUUGGAGCCAUCAGCUUGUCAUUAGAAGGUGAAACGCUAUCUUUCAAAGGUGCCAAGACAAAUAUUGUUGAAAUUUCAGACAAGGAAGUGCAAGGCUACGGCUCUGCGUUUUCCACCAAGCUGAUCGAACGGGCACGCCUCCUGGAAGUUGGACCCAAAUGGGUUGUAGCUCUAGUGCGGGACUCUAAAGCAUGCUUUGAGAUGGACGUCGACUUUGUGGGGUUGAAUAAGGUUUGCACCCAGUUUGACGCCACGGGUGUCAUUAUUGCUGGUAAAUACGCAGACGAGGACAAGUACGAAAUGAGAGCCUUUGCGCCGAGAAUAGGAGUCAAUGAAGAUCCAGUUUGCGGCAGUGGUUCUCUCGCUUUGGCGAGAUACUUGCAAGAAGUGAACGGCUACAAGACAACUUACUCCUUCCACAUCAGCCAAGGUGGCAGAGUUGGGCGUGCGGGCCAGGUAUCGGCCACCAUACAGCACAAAGAGGGUGAGAUUUCUUACUUCAUCGGUGGGGAAGCUGUCACUGCAAUUGAUGGUCAAAUCUUGCUUUGA